GAAAGACACACUGAGCAUGGCAGAUCAGUGGAUUGCUUGGGGAAACGGGAUUGAUGGUAUCAAUCAUGGACCGAGCAGACCUGAUGAACAGAGCGCUUUUUCACCACGCCAGAAGCACGAACCGAGUGGACAGGAACCUUGCAGGAACCAUAGCCAUGGUGGCUCAAGUACAGUAGUAUCCCCCCUCGGUGAAAGUCAAGGAAUAGGCGUCCAUUCGACUUGAUCGAGAUGACCGAGCGCGACGGCAAGGACCGCUCUUUUUCACCAACCUCUAGAUCCUCCGGAGCCUCUUCUGGAUGGUUUGCCGUGCUUCAGGAGAAUUUGAUGCAGCAGAGUGCCUCGCAAAGCUUUGAUGAUGAGUGCCAAGAGAGCAAAGAGGGCAAGGACAACAUAGGAGAUGCAGUGAUGGCUACAACAGUGCUGGACGAUGGCACCAGCACUGUAUCGUCCCUGGGCAUGAGACGGUUUGACCAGACCUUUCGUGCUGAACGUGUUAGUCACGACAAUGGAGUUUGUGAUCCAUGCGUCUUUAUCACCACGAUCCGUGGCUGUCCCAAAGGCGCCAGAUGCCGAUAUUGCCACUUCUCCCAUGAGAACUUUGGGGAGAAGGCGAAAACAACGCACCGUCCCAGGAAGCAAACGCGAGACAAAUUCAAAGCUGACGUGCAAGAGCUUUUGCAAGCUUCUGAGGGCAGGUUGGAGCAGAUUCAUGAUGAACUGCAGGCAGAAGCUCGCAAGAGCACCUAUGUCCGAAAGUUGCUCCAAGGAUACUUGGACGUUGAAUUUGAUAGCCAGCUCUCAUUUCCAGAAGCGCCACAUCAUUUCGUACCUGUUCGCUUACCAGAAGCAUCUGAAAGGAUGCCCGGAAUGCCCAGAAUUCCUUGUGAUGCAAGUUCACCACCUGGUCGUCCUGGUCACCAUCAAGCGAGCACUGCUACGACGUUGGGUUUACUGAUGGAAAACCCAGAAGCAACGCCAGCGCCGAAUGCAUCUGACGGGCAACACUCCUGGAACGUGGGAAGCAUGCCAAGCAAUCCUCCUCCUACAGCUCCUCCGCAGGUAGUUGGAGCUCCUGCUCCUUUGCCUGCACCUCCAAGCCACGCACCAAAUCUCAUCACCUCAGAACCCCAUAGUCCUAUAUGCGGACCUCCAGAAAGUCCUCCGGGAUUGCUUGAGACCCACCAACCCAUUGAUCAAGUCGAGGUUCUGAAUUUUCUGAUGAGCCGAUGAGUAUCGCUGAGUCCACUGUGACGCAAUCACCUUGGCCAGUUGGCCCCACAGAAGGGACAGCAGUGGUCCGUUGCUGUCAGAUUGCCGAAAUAUCCGGAUCAGCUGCGGGCUUCGCAAGCUGCGGCCGGUUUGACUUUGAACAAGGCCUCGUCGAUUUUUUGGUGCACAGCUUGGCUUUGAGAAGUCAGGAGUUUCACGAUGUGUCACCCUUUGGCGCCAGAAACAUCAGACUCCCCCCUGGCAUCUCAG